AUGAUGUUACAAAUUGCCGAGGGCCGGGGCUCGGCUUCCUCCCAAGCCCGAGCCCUGGCAAGCCCGGCCCUAAACAGGGCUUGGCAGGGCAGCCCGGCCCUAGACAACACUACACUAUAUACACUAUCAACCACUGGCAUCUUCCACAAGUCGUUCUACCCAACGAUUAAACAUCACAAAUCGCGAAAACAGCCUUUGUAUGUGUAUCCCGCGCUCGCGCGAAAGAAUUCAGGGCCAACUAGUCGUCCGUUCCGAUGUAGGAGAUGGGUACUACUUAUGGGAAGGGAUAGGGUAUGGAGGCGGGCAGACAACAGAGAAAUGAGUUUUACGACUCGGAGUUACUUACAUAUACGUCCACAUUUGUCAGUACACGGCUGUCCUCCAUGAAUGCUGUGGCUCAUGCGGCAAUCUUCCUCGCCGCGGGCCCGCCAAUCAUACCGCCGACCAACAAAUCUGGGUUGGGCACGGUAAAAUUCCCGAAGCACCCCUCUGCAAAGUCGAUCUCCCGUAUGCGCUGCUUCAUCCCCGCAACGAAGGCCUUGAGCGGGCAGAGGCCCGAUGUGGAGGCCGCGCAGCCCGCAAUGCCGGUCAGCGGAACGACGGCAUCGUUGAGCAACCAGCGGAUGUGCGUUGGAGAAGACGCAGGGGAGGCGGGGGAGGGGCAGGAGAGGACUUGGCCAACGAGAUUCGCGCCAAACGGCGAGAUUUGGUUCACAAUAUACGACUGAGACGAUUAAUCAGUUGA